AUGGACCUGCUCAGACCCCCCGGCAGACGCCCCGCAACAGGCCGCGAAUUCCAGCGCGCAUACAAGGCGUGCCUGUCAUGCCGGCAAAAGAAGGCCCGCUGCGAUCUGGGCGGCAGCGGAGGACCCGGCGGCAUCCCUCCCGGCCCGCCGUGCGCGCGCUGUCGGAGAGAGCAGCGGCAGUGUCUGUUUAGUGAGAAGAGGGCUUGGGAGAGGAAGAAGAAGGCGGAUAAUACUAUCUCGAGUCCGGCAUCGUCAGCUCCGAGUAGCAAUAGCAGUGCGGCGAAUCUACGGUCACGGUCGAUUCACGAUGGUGAGAAUGCUAGCCAACAUGCCUCGCCUUCUCACGGCAGCGGCCUGACGAGCUCCAUGAUGCGCACUGUCGUCUCCAGCGGCAAUGAUGCGCUGAACCUACUAUUCGAAGCUGCGGCGCAUACGAAUACCCAGAAUGGCCAGCUGGAGCGGCAUCAUACGAGGGAUGCCGGAGCCCGGAAUGAUUAUAAUAACAAUGAUUAUCGCCCUGCGGCACAAAAUAUGCAGACUCCUGGGCCUGGCUCCGUUGGCACCAGUCCUGCUGCACCGGCUCCAGUCGACAUUUCCAAUCCCGGCAGAGAUGUGCUGGACGUGUGGGAGUCGUGUCGUUUUGUCAAGAUGGGCUGGUUUACGGCGAAGGAAGCCAUCACCUACGUUGACCGGUUCUUCCAGAACUUAUCCCCUUUGUCGCCCAUCUUGACCGACUUCUAUGCAAACCAUCAGAAUCACCGCCUGCUGGUCACGCACGAGCCCGUCCUCUGCUGCACGAUCCUCAUGAUCUCCUCCCGCUAUCACGUCCUCCCGGGCAUCGGCGGCGCCUCGCGGAGCUUCUACAUCCACCACCGCCUGUGGCAGCACUGCCAGAACCUGAUCAUGCGCGUCAUCCUGGGCCAGGAAAAGUCCUCCAAAUGCAACACGCGGACGGUCGGCACUAUUGAGGCGUUGCUACUGAUGUCCGAAUGGCAUCCGCGCUCGCUCCAUUUCCCCCCGGAGAGCGACGGCUGGGACUCGGAUUUGACCGUCAGCAACUCGUCGCCAUCAUCAUCAUCAUCAUCGGACGCGGACCGUUCGUCCUCGAAUCGCUGGCUGGAAGACGUCAUCGAGCCGGCGCGGCGAUCGGACCGGAUGUCCUGGAUGCUGCUAGGCUCCGCGCUUUCGCUUGCCCACGAGCUGGGGAUUUUCGAGACGGAAGAGCGUGGCAGCGCCUCAAGCGCCGAGGUCGCAGCCCUCGUCGAGCAGAACAAGCUCCGCAAGCGGCGCGUGCAGCAGCUGCUGUACGUGUACAUCAACCAGCUCUCGGCGCGGAUCGGAUGCAUGUCUCUGAUGCCGCAGAGCUUGAACCACGCCAUCGCCGGGGGUCUGUGGACGCCGGCCGAUAAAUCGAGCGAGGGCGACGAGUGGCAGACGUUCAUGGAGUCGUGGAUGGAUCUGACGAAGCUGACGCGGUCGGUGAACGACAUGUUUUUUCCGUCAGCGUCGUUUGCGAAGCAGCAGUGGCAUAGCGGGCGGUAUAUUGGGCUGUUGGAUCAUUUCCGGCCGUUGUUGAAGCAGUGGAAAGAAAGACAUCUUGAGUCGCAGGGUCUAAACACCAACUUCCGCAACAUCCUCUUCAUCGAAUAUCACUACGUUAGAGUGUACACACACUCCUUCGGCAUGCAAGCAGUCGUAGAGCGGGCUCUCGCUGACGACAGCACCAACAAUAAUAAUAAUAACAACGGCGAAGACUUCCGCCCCGUAAACAUCGACUCCAUCGACUACGAGUUCAUCCAAGAAGUCAUCGACGGAUGCUGCGAGAUCCUGAAAAAAGUAAUCGACCUCGCCGCGUCCGACACGCUGCGCUUCUCGCCUGUGAGGAUCUUCCUGCGCGUGACGAGCUCGUCUAUUUUCCUGUUGAAGGCGCUCAGUUUGGGCGUGCGCCAUGCAAAAUUGCAGGAGUCGCUGGACGUGCUGGACCGGAGUAUUCAGGCUCUGAGGUCUAAUAUCCUCGACGACGUGCAUCUGGCGUCGAGGUAUGCGAUGCUUCUUGAGGUGCAUGUCUCGCGCCUGCGACGGAAUUUGGUAGUUUCGUCCUGCUCGAAGCCCCCAGGGAUGAGUCUGAGUCACAGCCACAGCACGACCAGGCCGUCGUCACCUCCUCCUCCUCCUCCUCAGCAGCAGCAGCAGCAAUAUCAACAGCCAUCAUCCAGAAACAGGAACGGAACCGGCACCAACCCAUCAGCAGCCACAACCCCAGACAUCACCUUCGCUGCGCCAUCGUCAUCAUUCCCAAAUAAUAACGAGGACCACACAAGAAUCGAUACUGCCGCUGCAGAAGACGACUGGCUCUUCUCGCUCCCCUUUGACCCAUCAAUGGCGCCGUUUGGGCCUGGAGGAGGUCAGUUUUCGGGCUUUGAGGGGGGGACGUUGGAUUUUAUUUGGAAUCUGCCGGGUUGA